CGCAAAAUCGUCCGCCCGCCGCGUGAUGCCCCCCCUCCUCCUAACUUCCCGAACCCUAGGCCCCGGCCGCCACCGCCGGCCAUGGCGGCGCCCCGCGAGCUGGACCUCUCCGACGAGGUCGAGGGCCAGAGGGACGGCACCGCCGACUUCGUCUUCUGCCUCGUCGGCGACCCCAUCCCCGUCCUGCCCCCCGCCUCCGCCCCGCUCCCCCUCUUCGACCUCCAGUCCCCUCCCGCGCGCCCGCUCGCUGUCUCGGACGGCCACGCCGCCGUCUUCCUCGCUCACCCCGACGGGUUUAUCGCCGCGAGGACGAAUGCGUUGAUCGAGGCCAGCAAGGAGGCCAGGGAGAAGGGCAAGGCGAGCACCCGCUGCGCCCAGGACUGCUGCGUCAUCGACGUGCCCCUCCCCGGCGUCACUCUCCUAGCGCUCUCCGGCGACCAGUCCGUGCUAGCUGCCUGCACGGGCAGCGAGAUCCAGUUCUUCUCGGCUACCUCCUUGCUCACUGAUAAGGAUAUCAAGCCGUCAUCAUCAUGUAGCAUGGGACGAUUUGGCACUGUCAAAGAUUUCAAAUGGCUAGAUAAUGCCUAUAUUGUACUCUCGAAUGGUGGAUUGCUAUCUCAUGGGAGUUUGGGGCAAGGCCUGAAGGAUAUAAUGGAAAAUGUUGAUGCUGUUGACUGUUCCAAGGACGGGAACCAUAUUGCUGUGGCAAGAAAGAAUUCACUCAGGAUAUUAUCGCCAGAUUUGAAGGAAACAUGUUGCAUGGCCCUCUUGUUUCAGUUGUGGCCUGAUAGUGAUUCAGAGGGCACUGACAUCAAAGUGGAUUCCAUCGGGUGGGUUCGCGAUGAUAGCAUUGUUGUCGGUUGUGUUCGAUUGAAUGAAGAAAGCAAUGAAGAGGGUUAUCUGGUACAAGUUAUAAGAAGCGGAGGAGAUACAUUUUUUGAGAGCUCAAGCAAGCCAGUUGUUUUUAGCUAUGAUGUUUUCAGAGGUAUAAUGAAUGAUAUUUUACCAUCUGGAGUUGGACCAAAUCUGCUAUUGGGCUAUCUGCAUCGCUGGGAUUUCCUGGUUGUUACAAAUAAAAAAAGCACUGAUGAUCACAUUUCUCUUUUGAAAUGGCCAUCUAGAACUGAUGAGGAAAGAACUGUGGUAUACCUCAAAAUGGUGGAGGAUAACUAUAGCCCUAGGAUUGAUCUGCAAGAAAAUGGUGAUGGCAAUGUUUUAUUGGGGUUUGGUGUGGAGAAUGUUUCGUUAUUUGAGAAGAUCACAGUACUGGUUGGACCUGAACAGAAGGAGGUUGCCCCUCAACAUCUCCUACUUUGUUUGGCUAGUGAAGGGAAACUAAUGAUUUAUUAUCUUGCCAGGAUUUCUGACCCUUCUGAUUUACCUCAAAAAAGUCUGUCUACCAUUGAGAAUACUAAUGUGAAUAAACAAAUUUCUCCUGCAACUGCGUCUGAUAAGCAUCUGACUGCAAGUGUUAUUUCAACUUCACACGACGGCAAGAGUCUGCUCGCAGGACAUGGUACGAUGGCCACACACGACGGCAGCAAGGCGAAGAAAGAGAAGGACCCAGGUGAAUCGUGUAGAAGAUUGUUCAGUGCUGUAUGCGAGAAACUCAGAGAUGAGCGCGAAAAAUACAAAGCUAAGCCUGAAAAAUAUAAAGAUGAGCUCACUACAGAUUCUGAAGACUGGACUCUUAUAUCUAUAAUUGAAAAGAGGCUGAAUGCUCCUACUGAUUGUGCUGAACCACCAGCAGAGUACUACAGGGAAUUGACUGAAGAACUGCAGACGGUAACCAAAAGAAUCAUUGCACGGAAACAUGCAUUCGAGAGAGAUGAUCUCGUGAAGACGCUGCGAAGGUUGAUACGUGAAAUCUCUCAGAUUGACUCAGCUGACUCAUUUGUCGACACAAAAAGUAAGACCGAAGCUGUGCAAGCAUGCAGCUGGCUUGACAACAGGCUGAAAGAGCAGGGGUCAAUCUCAAUAUAUGAAGUUCCUCCUUCCCUAACAUGUAAAGAUAUACAAAACUGGAUUGACAAGCUAAAACAAGUGACAGAACCCAAAAGACCGGAGAUAACUGAGACUAGCAAAGUCCAUAUGGCUUUCCUCACAGGAUUGAUCGUUGGCAAGAAUUUUCUUCAGCCUAUGAUCAGCCAGAGCCUCACAAAAAGUGGUCUUGAACUUCCAAUCAUCAGUAGAAGAAGUGUGCAGCAGGCACAUGGUACUGGUUUGGGUCAGGUGAUGUCAUUAGCACAUGAAACUUCAUCUGGCCCUGUUGCUGGGAGUUCAAUUGAGGAUUAUGUGACCAGCAUACCUAUCCCAUCAACACCAAUUUAUACUGGCGAGACCCUUUUCGAAAUUUUUUCUAUUGAGACCAACUUAAGCUUGAUAAGUACCAUUGUACUUUAUGACGAUCAGGGUGGUACUCUAGUAUACGAGUCAAAUGAAGGAAAUAAGGAAAAGUUUAUUCGUCGGCGCUCUAAGUGGCUGUCAAAGCAUACCGGAAAAAUCGCAGCUGAUUUCACCGAUUCUCUUAUUCUGAGAGGACCGAAUCGUCCUAUGACUGCUGGUGCAGGUUGUUGGAUUUUUGAGAUCAAUGUGCCUAUUGAGUCAUCUUUGGGGUUGGAAGAUUCUGAAUUCUCUGAUGCAAUAUUUGAGACAACCCUCUGUUUGGAUGACGAUUAUAUGGAUAGUCCACGUUGCAGCUUAAUGUCCAUAAGAGGUGGCUUCAUAAACCUCUCCUCCAUUACAUUCACCAAUGCUCUUAGAUGUACAGUUAGGUUAGGUUUUGAUGGUCCCUUGAAUGAGGAGCAGUUUAACCUCCGAGGUAUGCUUACGCUAUACGUUGAAGGGUAUGACACUAAGUUCACAAUCUUGAAAAGUCGAGUCCUUCUAUAUCCUGUCGGUCAGAAAAAAUUUGAAGUCCCUUUACUUAGACAUGUUUUGGGUCUUCCCGUCGGAUGUCGUAUACAUGUCAAAGGCAACUUGAAGCUUGGAGGACACAGGUUGCAUGUAGAUCAGUACCUUCUACUUGAUAGGAAAAUAGUAGAGGUUGAAUGGCCUGUUGUUCCAUCGAUUAAGGCUUGCAUAUGUAUUGAAGUAAGUGAGUUUCCGUAGUAGCAAUCAGUGUCUUGAUGUGUAAUAUCAACAUGGCUCCCUAUUGGCAUGUGUAAUAUCAGCAUGAAUAUUCUUGCCUGAAUCUCUGAAGACUUCUGUGUCUUGAUGUGUAAUAUCAGCAUUCUUGCAGUAAUA